UCAAUCCUUGUCAUUCAGUCAACAUCUGCUCUCGACAAGAAGAAUAAAAGAAAUACUUCGUGUGUCGUGCAAAUUUGCAAAAUUUAUUUUCGGUUGUUUAAAUUGAAACGAAUUCCCUACGUAAACCAGAACAUUGAUCUUAUCUCAAGCUAAAGGAAAUUUGUAGCAUCGGCUUCGACUCUAUAGCAAUGGAAUCGCAACAGGGAGUGCAAAGCGUGGAACUUACCGCACUGAAGAAUCCGCUCAUUUUGACGAAAAUAUUAAAACAGGCCGAAAUCCCGUUGAAGACUUGUCGACUCGUGAGUUCAUUCUGGAACGAAAUGGUUCUCUCCUUGCCAAAUACGCGACUCGCGUUAAGCCUGAGUCAUGACGAUGAUCAGAAUGAAAUGUCAUUUUCCGAGUUGUGUUCUUCAGUAGACGCCCGACUUGCGACAAGGGUUUCUUACUUCGGUUGGAGGAAGGCCGAAUCUUUCGUGCCGAACCUAACCCAAAUUUGUGACCAGUUUGGCGACACCGUGCAAAUUUUGGAACUCAGCAUCGCUGUACAAACCAAUCUACCAGCGGUGUAUCAACUUUUGAAAAAUUCCUGCCCCAAUUUGCAGCAAUUGCGAAUUAGCUGCUUAAGUACCCAGAAUUCAGCGAGUUCAACGGAUCUGAUUCCAGGAGGAGAAAUUGUGCCAGUAAGACGCAGUUUGACGUCCUUCAUGGUCACCACAGUUGAGGUUGAGGUGACGGCGCAUCUAUCCAGCUUUAUCGACGUGGUUAUCAACGCCUCUCCAAAUUUGAAGGAGGUCACUCUUCCGUGGGGAGUCAGCCAAGAUUUGUCGAAUUCUAAGUGCCUCAAUUCCUUAACAAUCGCACUGGACAACGCUGACCCAAGGGAAAUCGUCAAAGCGGAAGAUAAGCUUUCAGAUCUGUCCCGCAUGCUGUGUCAAGUGAGCGACCAACUUGUUACACUAAAUUUUGACUACGUCGACAUUAACGGAGAGUUUGAUAAGACGAAUAACUUCAAAAAAAAUCAAUAUCGCUUGCCAACCGAGAAAAUGUCCAAACUACGCACGUUUCAGAACCGGAUGACCGACGUGUUUCGGUGUGACGACCUCUUGCCUAUUAUCCUUCCCAACUUGAAAACUCUGAUGAUUGGGAAAGCAUAUGAAAAGUCAAAAUGUGUUGAUGAAAUUUUGCAAACUAUUUGCCACUCGAAUAACAAGAUUUUUCCAAACAUGAAGAAUUUGACGGUUAUGGAGUUGCAUGAUCCCAAACUUUUGAAUCGAUUGGUGACCGCGUUUCCGAAUUUGGACAUGUUAAAUUUGGAUAUGUUGAAAACGACGGAUUUCGCUGGGAAGAAGAGUCGCAUGAAGUUGGGCGUGGUGCUCAAGACGUGUCGGGGUUGGAAGGCUUUGAAACAUUUGGAAUUGGCGUUGCCAAAGUAUCCAGAAGACAUUGAGGAUGUUAUCCAGGCUCUCUUGAAAGCAAAGGAAUUAUUUAAGCAACUUAAAACCUUCACCCUUACGACGUUGGAUUGUGAUAACGAGAUUUACGAUUUGUCAGAGGACGAAAUGAAUUUGUUUAAAAAAUUUCUAAUUGCAAUUCGUGGAAUGGAGCGGGUCGAAAUUAGCAGUCUUUGUUUUACCAAGGAAUCAGCAGAAAGUAUACACGCCUUCAUGGCGCUGAAGAAAAUGUCUGUGGACAAGUUUUCGGUGGUGGAAGAAAUGUCGGAUGAUGAAGACGAAGCAGCAUCCGAUGACGGCAGCGGGAGCGACGAUUUCGAGGAUGAUGAUGAGGAAUUGUACAUGGACGAUGACAGCGUAGACUUCGAUUUUGAGGAUGAUUGGCGCUCGGACAGCGAUGAUGACAGCGAUUAGUUUAAAACCUUACUUCAACCGUUCCAAACGCUCUGUAUUAUGCAAAUGCUGUUCCGUAAAAUUUAUAAUCUUUAAUUAAAUAUGUAUUAAAUAGUUGGGAUUUCUUUUCAUGUUUAAAGUGUAAAAAUUUGAAGUGUUCUUAAUUAUAAAUUAUUGAAUUGAAAUGUGUCUAAUAAAAUAUCCGAUAAAUAAACUGUAAAUACUAAAGA